UCCAAUAUCAUCCGCCAAAUCCCAUUGACACCAAUUUUUACUUUGACGAGAUUCUCUUCUUCCUCUCUUCCUUGUGUUUUCUGAGGUUUUUACACCCGACGCCAUAACUAUCUUUCUUCACUAUUGCAAUAGCGCGUUUGUUUGACGGCUGUGGUGCUGUCAAAUGAACCUGCAACGACCAAUUAUAUCUUUUCUCUAUUCACCCUCCCCUCCUGGUGUCAUCUAAAUGCCCACCAUCUACUCGUCCUUGUACCAGAAUUUCAUCCGUCAAGGAUUUGCGAAAUCUUUCACUCACGGCUACGCCCAAUCCGUCGUAGCUGCGACUCACCCCCAUGUUUUAAAUUCACAGAAUCGUCCGUCGUUUGCGCGACGUAAUAGUCAGCGCCUCGGACGUCUCUCUGGUCUCCAGCUCCAGAACGCUUUUCAUAGCUCGAAUCAGCACGAGCUACGCCACGACAAGCAUGGCAGCCAUGGAAACUUAGAUGCCUACUUUGAGGCACUAAGAAAACAGCAGGAUACCGGCGAAGUCGAAAAAGAAUGGACACAAUUUCAAUUCCCCAAGCCCAUAGAAUGGAGACCGAACGCUUCUUCUGUCCUCGAUGGCCCCGAGCCCAAGACGCCGAACCUCGAUGUCGCUGAAGCUCUCGGAGCUGACCAGGAUGGAGUUGAAGACUUACCUGCUACCGUCGACGUAGAAGCAGCGUUGGCGCACAUAGAUGCCGCUAUCGAGAAGGAAAUUGAGGUUCGUGGGUUGCGAGAGGCCCUUGAGGAGAGUGCUACUCAUUCCCCGCGAGCGCCAACCCCAUCUAUUGCUAGUGGUGUUCAGUCUCGUCCUCUCACUCCGGCUGUUGAGAGAUCCGCGACUCCUGCUAGCAUUGCUCGCACCGCAACCCCACCAGUCGAUCCUCAGUCCCAGAGCUAUGCCGAUCAUCUCUCCAAGCUUUCUGAAGAUGGUCGAUAUGCUGAAAUUCCUGCUGUCUUCGAGGCAAUGCUUGUUGCCGAUAUCAAGCCUAUUGCCGGAGCUUAUAAUGCUCUGCUAGUCGCUGCCAUUCACAUCUCUAGUGAGAAGAACGGGGUGGUUUCCAAGGCGUUAGAUGUCUACGCUGACAUGAUGCGACGGAAGAUAGUACCUGACAGCGACACCUAUAAUAUCCUAGUUGGGCUAUUGGCUGCUCGAUGCCUAGAAGUGUCAUCCCUCAAGAAAGGUCUUGAGGUCAAGCGUCUUCGUUUUGGUGGUAUGGAUGAGCCUGGAAAAUUCAUGUUCGCCUCAAAUGAGCUGGAACACGCCAUUCUGUCGGAGGACGACAGGCUCGAUUUUGCUAUCAAACUGUUCGAAACCUCUGUUUUAACAAAUAGAGCGAACUACUCGUCGGAAACUUACCAUCAGCUCAUUUCAGCAUGUGCUCAGGCUGGUCGUGUCUCUGAUAUGCUCCACCUAUUCGAGCAUAUGGAGCUAAGUGGUGCGGUUCCUUUUGCAGCAACCUUUCCCUCUAUGAUCACCGCGUUCGCGAACACGGGCGAUCUCGCCAGCGCUGUUGAAUGUUAUAACGAGUACAAGGAUCUCGCUGUUGCCCAUGACAAUGGUAACUAUACACUAAAUGACCGACUAGAUUCGCAGGUUUAUGCUUCGGUAAUAAAUGCUUAUGUGAUCAACGAUAAAUUAGAUGGCGCCAAGAGGUUUUACGAGAAGAUCGUGGGUUCAUAUGGUGUACGUACUGCCGAUAUCCGGGACGCCAUCAUCAGCGGAGGUUUCGUUAAAGGCUUCACCACAAGGGGAAUCUACCAUGAAGCCCUUCAAUGGGCCCAGAGCAUUGAAAACAGCGCACGUUUGAAUGCGUUGGCGGAAAUUGCAACUGCUGCGGCUGAUUUCGGAGAUCGACUUACUGCAGUCGCUGCUUUCGCCAACCUCCCCUCAGUGUUCCCAGGUAUUGCGACUCCUGCGAUGGCCUUAUUAGCCCUCAGCGUUCGAGAUGGCGAUGUUCCAGCUGCUACUAGGUAUUGGCACGUGCUGAGCAGCCCCGAUACAAAAGUUGACUCAUCUUUCAUCGAGCCGACAGCCAUGUAUGCUGUUGCUAUGAUUGGUUCGGGUCAGGUCGCUGAAGGGUUAUCCGAGUCUGAACUGAUGUUCCAGCGAAUUCGAGCUGUCGAGAAUGAGACUAAACUACAUCUUGCCGAUGAGAUUGACGAGGGAAUUGAAUUUAUCUCUAGGUUUAUGGCUACUCGCAGCAUCGCAGAUCCUCGUGAAGUUGCUUCUCAAACUAGCUUCAGCCAACAGAAUUUUUCUGCGUCUCCCUAUCCAUCCACACCUACUGUCUCGAGCUACGAGGACAAUUUUGAUCCCUACGCUCACAAUACCGACUUCAAGGGCUCUUCUAUCAUCUCUGAUGAGCUUGAGGGUGCACACGGACGCAAGGGACCCCGACUCAACGAGGCACUCGCACGUUUCCGCAAUAUGCGACGUGCAGGACGUCACCCAAGAUACAUCACAUACGCUAAGAUGAUCUCUGCGGCCGCGCGAGAGGGCAAGAUGGACUUGUGCCAUGACAUUCUAGCCAUGGCACGGAACGAUGUACCUUUCCUCCCUCAAUACUCUAUUGUUCGUUACGGCUGGUCCUCUAUUCUCGACGCCAUGGUCGGUUCCUGCUUAACGCUUGGCGACCGCGUUUUGGCGGAACAGUACCAUCUCGAACUUCUUCAAAUGGGGGCUGCCCCCUCAGCAAACACCUUCGGCCUUUACAUCACCACUCUCAAGGAAUCAACCAAGACCUUUGACGAGGCUUCCGAAGCUGUCAAGAUUUUCCACCGUGCCAAGGCCGAGGGUGUUGAACCUUCGUCAUUCUUAUACAAUGCUCUGAUUGGUAAGCUUGGCAAGGCCCGUCGCAUUGAUGACUGUCUCUUCUAUUUCGCCGAAAUGCGCGCUCUAGGUAUCAAGCCAACGAGCGUAACUUACGGAACAAUUGUCAAUGCUCUAUGCCGUGUUAGCGACGAGAAAUUUGCAGAGGAACUUUUCGAUGAGAUGGAGUCUAUGCCCAACUACAAAGCACGUCCGGCUCCGUACAACAGUAUGAUGCAAUUCUUCCUCACAACCAAGCGCGACAAGGCUAAGGUUCUCGCCUACUACGACCGAAUGCAAGCCAAGGGAAUUGCGCCAACUGCUCAUACUUAUAAGCUCCUUGUUGAUACUCACGCCACUCUCGAACCUGGCAGCAUAACUGAUCUCGGACCAGGCGUUCUUUGGGUUGCAUGUAAAACGGAUUACGGGUCGGGUACCAGGGGAAAAGGGCAUCGGGCUGGCAUGGAUUUAUAGACCAAUCUCCACUCUGCAUAUAAUGCGAAAGAACUUCCAUAUUAUUAUUAUCUACGGGCGGGGAGCUAUCAGGGGGACUAACAACAGGACCCCAAGGGUUUUGGGCGAUGGUCAGCCCACGAGGCGUUUGGGACGGUUAAUUGGUGGCAAUGCACUCACGAUACAUUUAUUUGAUGCGUCAGAGCGUUUGUGGAUUCGGGUUGACGUAGCUCCAGGUGCCUUGUAUGAUAAAACCAAUACAUGGAAGUUGUUCUGAAUAUUUAUGUGUCUGAAUCAUGAUAUGAUGUUAGAAGG